AUGGCUCUCACAGAGCUACUUCUUCAUCCACAAAUCUUGGCAAAAGCCCAGAAGGGAUUGGACGACGUGAUCCCUGCUAGUAGCGCCAUCGUGAGUGAGGCCGACAUUUCCAAGCUCAAGUACCUCGUCGCGAUUGUCAAGGAGACCCUGCGCAAGCACCCUCCGGCGCCACUCAUGGUUCCACGCGAAUCCACCGCCGAGUGUAAGCGAAUUCAAUGCGGCCGUGGAACUCAUGACGUUUGGCUUUGGCCGGCGAUCCUGCCCGGGUAUGAAAUUGGGAAUGAUUUCAUUCUUGCCAAUCUUCUCUACAAGUUGAACUGGAGAACAACGGAUGGUAAAGAGGUGGACGUCGGGUUCACGCUCAUGCGGGCUCGUCCACUUGCAUUGGUUCCACUUCUCCGCAAGUAG